CUCUCGCUCUCUUCGCCCGGCUCAGCGUGGAGCCGAGAUGUCGGCCGUGAGCAGGGCCUUGACUCCGCCCAGUCUAUCCCGCUUCUGUGGCGCGAUGACCGGGGCGUUGCUGGGGGACUGUAUCGGUGGGGAGUUCGAGGGGAAGGAACGGGUCAGAAUGCAGGAUGUGAUCGAAAUCGUUCAAGCCUUAGAAAGGCAGGAAGAAGGUACAUUAACAUAUUCAGAUGAUACGGCAAUGACCAGGUGUGUGGCACAAUCACUGAUCAGUAAACAAGAUUUUGAUGAAGUGGAUAUGGCUAAAAGGUUUGCUGAAGAAUAUAAAAUACAUCCGCACCGUGGGUAUGGAAGUGGUGUCGUUCGUGUAUUUAAGAAACUUCUUGGCUCAAACUGUAAUGAUGUUUUUAAACCAGCAAGGGAACAGUUCAAGGGAAAGGGCUCCUAUGGAAAUGGAGGUGCCAUGAGGAUUGCUCCUAUUGCACUGGCAUAUCCUGAUAUUCACGAUGUUAUAAAGUUUGCAAAGAAAAAUGCAGAAGUUACACAUGCAUCCUCACUGGGCUACAAUGGAGCUAUUCUGCAGGCCCUUGCUGUCCAUCACGCCUUGCAGGGGGAGUUGAAGGAGGACAAGUACUUAGAUCAUCUCAUUGGGGAAAUGCAGUUGAUCGAGAAUGAUGAGAAAUCUCUUUCAGAUGCAAAAGAUUUUCAAGAGCUUCCCUUUUGCAAUAGACUGAGGAAAAUGAAAGAUUUUUUGUCACGAACAGAUGUUUCAAAGGAAGAGGUCAUUAAUGAAUUGGGAAAUGGAAUUGCAGCUUUUGAAUCAGUGCCAACGGCAAUUUAUUCCUUCCUGAGGUGCAUCAAUCCUGAUCCAGAAAUUCCAGAAAAGUACAACGGGCUUGAAAGGACAAUAAUCUACAGCAUUUCACUGGGCGGUGACACUGAUACGAUUGCCACAAUGGCAGGUGCAAUUGCCGGGGCUUAUUAUGGCAAAGAUCACAUUCGACAGUCUUGGCAGAGAAGCUGUGAAGCGUAUAAAGAUGCGGAUUAUUUUGGGGAAAAACUGUGUGAGAUUUAUUGCAGUCGCUUAGCCUCCUCCUUAAAGACAAAUGGAUAAAAUUAAUUUUAAGAUGUGUUGUCAGCAAAAACAAAAAUACAAAAUCUCAGAUGAAAAAUGUAGGUUUGAGAAGAUAAGUCAUUUCUGAAUCCCGCUGAUUAUUUUCUCAUUUGAGCAAUCAAAGUUGUUUAGGUAACAUUUCAGUAGUUAAUUUGACUUUAACAUUUGAGGUUUUCAAAGAUGCUUCAAUUGUAAUUACUGCUUUCUAUACCGACCCAAGCCUGAGAUUAGGAGUUAUGAAUUGUAGAUUUAGUUUUAUCUAAAUUAAUUAGUUUAUUGCUUUAAUAAAUAAGGGAUGUAUUGCACUGUUUGGUGCCUCAAUCAUAGAGAAUAUUGCUGCUUCUUCCGGGACAGUAGUUUUGCGAAUCCUUCACUGCUUAAGUGUUCUCUUUAAAUUUUCAGUCGUGUGUUUGCUCCCUAAACACAACAGAAUGCCUCACUGUUGACAUUAACUACUGUGCUACCAAAUUUACAUAUUGGACUUUUCUAAUUAAUGUUAAUUUGGGAUUCAGAGAUUGCCUGCCCUCUGUGUUGGAAGGGUACAAGGCUGCAUGUACUCAGUAGCUAAAACCAGCACAGUUUUGCAUUAGCCAAGCCACAUGAAUGACAACCAGACAUAGGCUGCUUUUCCUUUCAGCUAUCUUGAUGUUUGGACCAUGCAUCCACUGUUGUUUCUGGUAGGGCAUCCCAUGUCCUAAACAACCAGUAAUUUUAAUAAUCUGAACUAGUGUAAGCAUCCUUAUGCUUUAUGAAAUUAACUCACUGUUGGGAACACACUUGGUGUAUGAUGUCCUGUCUCUCCACCCAAACUGAAAAAUCAGUUUCCCUUGCCUUUUUUUUUUGUCAAAGCAUCUCCUCCCAUUGAUAUUAAUGCCCAAAUCUAAAUGCUGUGUUUAACGGCAACCUAAACAAGGUGCAUUUAAAUAUGAUACCUGUUUAGAUUUUAUUUGGAAGGCUUUUAGUAAUUUUUAGGCUCUUGUCUGAUUAACUUUAUUGACUGACUCUGUACGUUGAAAGAUUUAGCUGUUUAUUAAUUUGGUGAAUAAACGUGUAUAGCCUAGUUCAUCAUAUAUUUGUCAGUAUUUCAGUAAACUCUAAUAAUCCACUGUCUGACCAAUCAGUAAUCUUGAUGGUUUGGGUAUCUGGUUCAUCCUAGGUAAUGCUUGCACUUUCUGCUAGACAGAGUCCCGAUCCCCCUGCCCCUGAUAGCAACACAUCAGUGAACUAUUUUAUAAAAAAGAAAAGUAUAUUGGAAGUUAUUGAGGGAUUAAUAAAAAAAAAUAGAUUGUAAAAGUCCAGAAAAUCUGGUCUCACACUACAAGACCUGAACAUAUCAGAUUUAUGAAGUUUUAUUGCAUUGAAGUAAAAUUAUUUAUGCAAAUAGAAAGUAGCUUAUUGAAAGAUUGGAAGUAUGCUUGCCCAGUAUUCACCAGGUAAAAGGAUUCGCUUUUACCUACAUUUGUACUUAAAUAAGAAAUCAAAGUUGAUAUUCCAGAAAAGAGAGAAUUUAUUCCACUGUUGAGGCCACAUGAGGUGAGAAGGAAGGGGCUCAUGGUUGCGUCAGGAGACAAAAAGUUCUCAUUUUUCCCCUGCAGCACUAUUAAAACAGAUUACAUUGACAUUAUCUUGUAGCAGUUUCUGGGAGCUUGCUCUGUACAAAUGAUAGUAAAUAUGCUCCAAAAGUACUUCACUUGACUGUAAGCACUGCAGCAUGUCCUGAGGUCAAGAGAAUGGACAAACUUGUUUUCUUUAUUUGUAAAUACUUUAAAAGUUUAAUGCUUUCCCAAAGCAUGAUUGAUGGAAUUAAAUAUUUGUAAAGUUUAAAAGUAAUAGGAAGAAGGGAAUGCAUGUCAUUCAUGAUUGAUUUUGUGUUAAAUUCUAGAGAAAUAGAAAUGUGUGCAAUUCUAUUUGCUGUCAACAACUGUAUUAAGAAUGCAUAAAUGUAGAUAUUUGUUUUGUUUAAAAUACACUAAAUUUAUAUAUAUUCUAUAUAUUAGCCCCCCAUUCUAUGACACUAACUUUGAAAUGUU